AUGGGUGCAUUUGCGUUGUUAACCGCUACUAGUUGGCGUUCGAUUUCAGCUAAUUUAAGAUCAGAUAAAAAUACAAUUAAAAUGAUAGUCCAAAAAUGGAAAUUAAUAGAGCCGAAAACGAGAUGUUGCCGAGAUCAUCCGAAUAAACUAGACUUGGAUGCUCUCCUGAUCUCUCCAAUCCAACGGGUUCCCAGAUACGAGUUGAUCGUGAAACAAAUGCUGAAACAUACUCCAGUAGAACACGAAGAUCGUGAACGUCUUCAAAGAGCUCAACGUCAUAUCCACUGUCUGGCAGUUGCCAUAAAUCAACAUAAAGACGGAAGUGAACAAAUGGAACAGAGGUUAAGAGAAAUCGAAGCGAUAGUUGAUGGAUUAGAUGACUUGGUGACAAAAGAGAGGACGCUUCUCCGACAUGACAUCAUCACUUUGAAAGGGACAGACCGGGAACGAUGUAUUUUUAUGCUCUCUGAUCUUUUACUGGUGACCAGUGUCAAGAAGAAAGCAAAGGUUAUGUACAAUAAAUUGACAUCACAGUCUAUGGAUUUUCUGGAGAGCAAUAGAUUCAAACUUUUGUUCAAAGUCGCUUUAGAAGACGUUCAGAUAUCAAAAGACACACUUUCUCAAUUGGAAACUGUCGAGAGGAAAUUGGAAUCUUCUAGAGAAGAUGAUCGAGUUUUAAAGAAGAUGUCACAGUUGUGUUCUCUAUUGAAGUGUGAGAAGAAGCUAUGCACCGCUACAGUAGUCCCGGGAAAACGCGUGGACAAUACCCCGUUCCUUUGGGUAUGUGCCAGUGAUAAAUUCAGUGGUCAGGUAGCUGUGAUGGCUUUGGAUUCUGGAGAAAUUACAAUUGAAAGCUGUUCGGCGAUUGGGAACGCAGCAGUGACUGCGAUGUGUACAGUACCACCACCGAUGAAACCCCGAAAACGAAAAAUCAAGUCACAAAAGUCUUUGGAACAAAUGCAAAAUGAGACAAUAAUGGAUAUCAACAGCAGUGGAUCAGAUUCAGAAUCGUCUUCAGAUGAAGGUGCUUCUACCGCCGGACAGACAACUGUAUGGAUUGGAAACGACGAUGGAGAAGUGUUCGUAGUGAAUUCCACUGAAAGAGUGCGAUCCAGAACAAGAGAUCGGUUGGCUCGACUUCGGAAUAGUAUCACUUCGAUUUGUGCAGCAAACGGGAAUGUUUUGGUGGCAACUUCGUAUUCAAAUCAAGUUCAAUUAUUGCUAUUCCGACCUGGAUCAGAUGGCAAUUGGGAUUUGGAUAAUCCACAAACAGUUGGACAUGUUUGUCAAGCACCUAUUACUAAUAUGCAACAAAUUGGAAGACGAGUUAUUAUAGCCAGUGGAAACUCAUUACAUUCAUAUUUCAUAGAUACUGGCAAGUUUCAGCCACCCGUCGAAAUCCUUCCAUCCUCCGACGUCAUCACUUUAAUGAAUGUAACUGGUCAAUACGUAUUUUUAUGCGGCCGAAAAUCUACGGAAAUUUUCGUAUUCGAUGUCUUCGAACUAUCAGUUCUGAAUAAUUUCAAUAUUGCAUCAUUCGUUCGUUCUCAACUACUAGGAAGGGAACAUAUUCUUCGAGAACAUAAAAUGGGUUGCCUUCGAGUAUCCUGUCUAACAGUAGCUCGUCAUAAUCUGUGGAUUGGAACAUCAGCUGGGUUUGUUUUAUCAACGUCUGUACAAUCAGCAAAGUCCAACCCAACUCCUGAUCUUCGAGUGUGCGAAAUCGGUCACAGUGGUCCGUGCCGAAUCCUGUUGCCCAUUCAAACUCCAACACAUUUCAAUCAUUCUUCUCGGAAACAGAAACGAAGUAGUUUGAAUGUUCCAUCGCAGCAAUCUUCACAGCAGCUAUUGGUCAGUUGUGGAGAAGGUUUAGACGAUGGAACAGCCACCCAAGACCCAUCUACAGAUUCGAUCAAUCAUCUGAUUUUCUGGAAGUGCUCAUGA